AUGGAAUCUCUCAAAGCUGUGUUUUUUGGGCCAGACCCCCAAGCUCAGAUGAGGAAAUGCAACGCCUUGAUCCGUCAAAACACCCGACAACUUGAUCGUGACCUCAAUCAGCUCAAAUCACUGGACAGUAAAACUCGUCAAUAUAUCAUCAAUGCUUCCCGUCGCGCCCAGCGAAACCCAUCGCAAGCGAAACAAGCGCUCAGCGAAACCAAGACAUUUGCCAGGGAACUUGUGCGCAUUCGAAGGCAAACCAACCGCUUAUCGACAAGUCGAGCGCAACUUCAGAGCGUGGGCAUGCAGGUCAAUGAAGCCUUUCAGGUCCGGAAGAUACAAGGCAGCCUCCAGAAGUCGACGGCGAUCAUGAAGGACGUGAAUACACUGGUUCGCAUGCCAGAACUUACGUCUACAAUGCAUCAGCUUUCAACCGAGCUUGUCAAGGCUGGAAUUAUCGAAGAAUACGUUGACGAAGCAUUGCCUGACGAUUCGCUGAUGGAAGACGAACUCGAUGAGGCCGAGGAAGAAGUGGACAAGAUUCUGCAAGAAAUUCUUCAGGGAAAGCUUUCCCAAGCCCCUGCAAACCCCGUCACUCAGCCCGCCGAGGAAACUCCCGUGGCUGCCGAACCCGAAGAAGAAUUCGAAGAUCAAGAGGCAACUCUCUCACAAAUGCGCGAUCGACUGGAAGCCCUUAAGAGCUAG